AUGGUGUUUGUUAAGUCCUCAACUUGCCCGAUUGUCGGGAACAACCAAACGGGUAGUAGUUUUUGGAAGGCGAUAACGGAAAGAUUUAACGGGAUUAUGGAACAAGGCCCGAUGCGUGAACUCGAUUCCGUCUCGGGCAAGUGGCGUAAAAUGAGCAAGGCCAUCAACACCUUUAGCGGGUAUUAUAACCAAAUUUACACUAAUCCUCCUAGUGGAAGUAACGACGAGGACAUUCUUAACCUUGCUUUGGCUAAAUGGGAUUCUAAAAAUUCAACGCCUUUCCAACACCUCCGAGCAUGGAACAUUUUAAAGACAGAAAACAAAUGGAAGCCGGUUCCAAAUGAGGUCGCAACCGCCAAAUGGAGUAAAACUUCCGAGUCCGGAAGUUAUAGUGCGGGAGGCUCCACCGCUCGUUGUCAAAUCGACAUAAACGACGACCUGGAAUAUGACGAGGAUGUGUUGCCCGUUCACGAGUCGGAACGUCCCUGGAAGGGACAAAUCAAAAAAAGAGGCGGCCGAAAAGCGAAAAGGGGGCGGCUCGAGCCAAACAUCUUCCAGGGCGGGUUCGAAAAUGGACGAGUUGAUAUCCGAAUUUCGUUCGUUCAAAGAGCUCGCGGCCGAAAAAUAUAG